AUGCAUUACCAAGCUGCAGCGUCGUGGGGAAGCUAUGUGACUCCAAGGAAUGCAGUGGUGGGAGACCCACUGGAGCGCAUAGAGAGGCUGGCAUCGGAGAACGCGGUGGUGAUAUUCAGCAUGAGUACAUGCUGCAUGUGCCACGCCAUCAAGAGGCUCUUUUGCGGCAUGGGGGUGAACCCCACCGUGCAUGAGUUGGAUGAGGAUCCCCGAGGCAAGGACCUUGAACGGGCCUUGAUGAGGCUCCUAGGUUCCUCCUCCGUUGUUCCUGUGGUCUUCAUUGGUGGCAAGCUUGUCGGAACCAUGGACAGAGUCAUGGCAUGUCACAUCAAUGGCACUCUCGUCCCUCUCCUCAAAGAAGCUGGUGCUCUCUGGCUCUAG